ACGUACAAAACAGCGACGGCUUGAUUUGUUAGUUUAACCUUCACUUGCCGGCGGCCGCUCCUCGCCGCCCACAUUCUUCCAUCAAUUUCAUUUCUUACCCGCCCGCCCAAUCACCCUCCUCUACUAGUCCCCGCGCAGAGAUCACAAAGGGCUGUGACGACGAACCAACCGAUAUAUACAUAGAAUGGAAGGUGCAGAGACGUUUAUCGUACCGCUCCGCGGGGUAAAAGAUGAUCUCAGAGGGAGGCUGUUGUGCUAUAAACAAGAUUGGACUGGCGGCUUUACCGCUGGCUUCAGGAUUUUAGCCCCCACCACAUACAUAUUCUUUGCUUCCGCAAUCCCAGUCAUCUCAUUUGGAGAGCAGCUGGAAAGAAAUACAGAUGGGUUCAUCACCGCGGUUCAGACCUUAGCUUCCACUGCACUUUGUGGGAUCAUACACUCCAUCAUUGGAGGCCAGCCUCUCCUCAUCCUCGGUGUUGCCGAACCUACCGUGCUCAUGUAUACCUUCAUGUACAACUUUGCCAAACACAGACCAGACCUCGGCUCUAAACUCUUUCUCCCUUGGACUGCCUGGGUAUGCGUUUGGAGCGCAGUUUUGCUGAUCCUUUUGGCUAUCCUCGGAGCAUGCUCUAUUAUCAACAGGUUUACUCGUCUGGCUGGGGAGCUGUUUGGCCUCCUCAUUGCAGUGCUUUUCUUGCAACAGGCCAUCAAAGGACUUGUGGAUGAGUUCCGUGUACCCGAAAGAGAAAGCCCGAAUUUAACAGAGUACCAACCUUGUUGGAGGUUCGCGAAUGGGAUGUUUGCUUUGGUUCUUUCUUUUGGUCUUCUCCUCACUGCACUAAAGAGCAAAACAGCAAGGUCUUGGAGAUAUGGAGCAGGCAGCAUUAGAGGGCUCAUUGCAGAUUAUGGUGUUCCGUUGAUGGUUCUCAUGUGGACAGCUGUCUCUUAUACACCCAGCCACAGCAUUCCAGACGGCGUCCCAAGGCGCCUAUUCAGCCCUAAUCCGUGGUCACCCGGUGCAUAUGAGAACUGGACAGUCAUUAAGGACAUGACAAGUGUGCCGGUGGUUUACAUAAUAGGUGCUUUUAUUCCAGCAACAAUGGUGGCAGUGCUGUAUUACUUCGAUCACAGCGUGGCAUCGCAACUAGCUCAGCAAAGUGAAUUCAAUUUGAGGAAGCCAUCUUCCUAUCAUUAUGAUUUGCUUUUAUUGGGUUUCAUGGUCAUGAUUUGUGGUCUCCUUGGAAUCCCCCCAUCUAAUGGUGUCAUUCCACAGUCUCCAAUGCACACUAAAAGUUUGGCUACACUGAAGCAUCAGUUGAUGCGCAGUCGACUUGUUGCAACGGCAAGGAGAUGCAUGAAUGAGAAUGGGAGCUUGGGUCAAGUGUAUGGACGGAUGCAAGAGGCAUAUCAGCACAUGCAAACUCCACUUCAUUAUCAACAACCAUCAGCUAGUAAUAAGGGGCUGAAAGAUCCAAAUGUACUGCAGCAAACGACUGGUAGCAAUGUAGUGGGACUUGAUGAGGGCAGAGAGUUUGAUGUAGAGAAGAACAUUGACGACUUACUGCCAGUCGAAGUAAAAGAGCAGAGGGUGAGUAACCUUUUACAGUCAAUGAUGGUGGGUGGGUGUGUGGCUGCCAUGCCACUUCUCAAAAUGAUCCCAACCUCUGUACUUUGGGGCUAUUUUGCAUUCAUGGCAAUCGAAAGCUUGCCAGGCAAUCAAUUCUGGGAGCGGAUCUUACUGCUCUGCACACCCCCAAGCAGAAGAUACAAAGAGUUUGAUGUAGAGAAGAACAUUGACGACUUACUGCCAGUCGAAGUAAAAGAGCAGAGGGUGAGUAACCUUUUACAGUCAAUGAUGGUGGGUGGGUGUGUGGCUGCCAUGCCACUUCUCAAAAUGAUCCCAACCUCUGUACUUUGGGGCUAUUUUGCAUUCAUGGCAAUCGAAAGCUUGCCAGGCAAUCAAUUUUGGGAGCGGAUCUUACUGCUCUGCACACCCCCAAGCAGAAGAUACAAAGUUCUAGAAGACUAUCACGCGACGUUUGUGGAAUCAGUGCCUUUCAAGACAAUAACAAUUUUCACCAUAUUCCAAGCAGCAUACCUGGUGGCAUGCUUAGGGAUCACAUGGAUACCCAUCGCCGGGGUGUUGUUCCCCCUAAUGAUCAUGUUGCUUGUCCCCAUAAGACAAUUUGUUUUGCCCAAGUUUUUCAAAAGGGCACAUCUUCAAGAAUUAGACGCUUCGGAUUAUGAAGAAUUUCCAGCUUUACCAUUCACCACGAGAUCAGACGAGGAAGGUGAGUGGGUUUCAAGAUCGGCGACGUUUGGGGAUGACAAGAGCAUAUCGGCAACAUUUGGGGCAGCAGACGAGAAGGAGAUUAUGGAUGGAAUGGUGACAAGAAGUCGGGGUGAGCUUCGGCGUUUGUGCAGCAGCAGCUCCAUUAGGGUAGCAGCAGCAAGUAGAAGUUUCAAUGGGAGGGAGUCUGGUAGUAGUGCUAGUCCCAGACUCUCUGAUCAUCAUCAUCAUCAUCAAAUGGUAGUACACAGUCCGAGGAUUGGAAUAGGAGGAGGAGGAGGAGGAAAGGGAGGGACAUUUAGCCCCAGGCGCUCCAAAUUGGGUGGUAAAAACGACCACUGAUUCUCAUACGCCACCUUUCAUUCGGCUCACCUUAGCUUACCAGCAAAUCAUUCAUUUGUGCUCCCUCCCUAUUCAAAUCAUCAAACUUUAACACCUCCUUUUUUUGUUUUGCUUGUUUUUACUAGUUCAUUUGAUAAAAUAACUAUCUAUCU